AUGGUUUCUGGUCUAGAAGAUGCUCUUAUUGAAGAAUUAACAACAAAGUUAUCAGUUAGUGAUAAAAAAGAAGAAGAUGAAAAGAAUUUGUGCAAUUCUUCAAUUGAAAUAUCAAUUGCAUGUUUGAGGAAGAAGCUUAUUGUUCUUGAUAUUAAUGGUCUUCUUGCUGAUAUUGUUUCUUCACCUCUAAAGCAUGUUAAACCAGAUGCAAUCAUAGCCAGGAAGAAAUUAUUCAAGAGGCCUUUUUAUCUUGAGUUUCUUAAUUUCUGCUUUGAGAGAUUUGAAGUUGCUGUGUGGUCUUCAAGAUUGAAGAAAAAUGUUGAUAUGGUCAUUGAUUAUUUGAUGGGAGACAUGAAACAAAAGUUGGUUUUCUGUUGGGAUUUGUCACAUUGUACUGAAACAAGUUUCAAAACUCUUGAAAACAAGCACAAACUACUUGUUUUUAAGGAUUUAAGGAAGAUUUGGGACAAGUCCAAUCCUAAUCUUCCAUGGGAGAAGGGAUAUUACAAUGAAUCAAACACACUCCUUUUGGAUGAUUCUCCCUACAAGGCACUGCUUAAUCCGCGGUAUAAUUCAAUCUUUCCUCAUACAUUCAAUUAUAGGAAUCACAAUGACAAUUCAUUAGCGACCGGAGGCGAUCUGCGACGAUAUUUGGAUGGAUUAGCAAGUGCUGAAAAUAUGCUCAAAUAUGUAGAGGAGCAUCUAUUUGGUCAAGAACGUAUAUCUGAAACAGAUGAAUCUUGGGAUUUUUACCUUAAUGUUAUCAAUAGUGUGUCUGUUUGUAAAUCUUAA